CAUACACAACCCCCGCGUGAAGCUCGUCUCGUGGCCUCUCUGCUCCUUGCGCCGUUAUGGCCGAGAUGCCACACGCUUUACCUUUGAGGCGGGCAGGAUGUGUGACGCUGGGGAAGGACUCUACACCUUUCAGACACAGGAGGGGGAGCAGAUUUACCAGCGGGUUCACAGUGCCACCCUGGCAAUUGCUGAGCAACACAAGCGGGUCCUGCUGGAAAUGGAGAAGAACGUGAGGCUGCUGAACAAGGGCACCGAACACUACUCAUAUCCUUGCACACCCACCACAAUGCUGCCCCGCAGUGCAUACUGGCACCAUAUCACAGGGUCUCAGAACAUUGCUGAAGCCUCCAGCUAUGGUGAAGGGUAUGGGGCAGCCCAGGCCAGCUCAGAAACAGACCUCCUGAACAGAUUCAUCCUACUUAAGCCACAGCCCAGCCAGGAGGACAGCAGUGAGACCAAGACUCCUUCUCAGUGACAGCUGGACUGGUGGGUGCAGAUGAUUGCUGGGCCACCUGUUGGAAGGCUAACUGCAGCAGCCCAUGGACAGCCUUAAGGAGCUGUUGGCCACAAGCCUGAAGAGAGCAAGCUGUCCCUCCUUGCCCUCAAGGGUGAGGCUGGACCUCAGCACAUGGCUGGCCACACCACCUGAGCAUGAGGGGCUGGAGCCACCGUGGGACUAUAUACUGUUGAUGGUUUUAAUAUAUAUUGCUUAUGACAUUCUGUAUUAAUGAGGCUUCCCUUUAUCCCUCCCUAACACAUACCCAUUUUUAAUUCCAUGACCAGGCAUGGUCAAGGCUGUUUUUGAGUAAGAGGGCAGCCGUUCCUGUCCUCAGUGAUACAACUCUCCUGCUGCCAAGACUGUUUGAGCUGCCAGGGUCAGAGGAGGACAAUCAGCCUGGUGCUGUCUGCGGGCUCUUCCUCAGAAGUCUAAGGGCCAAGAUAGCAGGUAGCUUCUGUCUUCUGGGCCAACAGAGACACAGGAAGGACCCAAAUGUCACUGUACCAUUUGGUAGCCUUGCCCUUAGGAGUUUUAAGCAGAGGUGGCAGCUGGUUUUAAAAUGCACUUUCUGCACUGGCUCCUUCCUGCUCAAUAGGCUGAAGAUGUCUUCGGGCGGGGCACCCAUUACCUCAGCAGUAGAGGAUGGCUGGGCCAGCCCAGAAGGCUGCAGCAGGAUUGCUGUGGGGAGCACCUUGCUGCUCCCUUUUACUGAGCGGGGGUACAGUGCUCCAUAAGGGGAGUCACUUGCCCUGGGCCAGCCACCCCAGGCCAGAUUCUAAAACCAAGACCUUCCCCUCUUCCCACAAGGUGCUGAGGCUCCCUGCUGAAAUGCAAUUAAAGCAAUUGAUUUUUUAGUGCUGGUAUUUAUUGACUACCGUGCAGAAGGGCUAUCUUUCUAUUCACAUCAAACCUUUUGUUUCGUGUUUCUGUUUUUUAAUACUUUAGGGUUCUGAUUUGUGGGAACAGACCUUGUAAAUAACCACUGUUGACAUUUGUGGCAGGAUGAUAAGGAGGCUCCCUCCCAGAGGGGCCCAAGAGCCAGGGAGGUGACUCGGCCAGCCCAGCUCUGACUGACCUAAGCAAUGAGCACCCAGAGGUCAGCUAGUCUGUAAAAGAAAUGGGCCCAGAUCGAGAGGGAGGCAGAGCUGGCUCAGUUAGCAGCACGAUGACGCAUGAAGGAGAUUAUGUUGUGCUCUUUAUUGCCAAAAAUAAAAACUUGUAAAAAGACAA